AGUCUACAGCACGUUGCGGACUUGUACGGUACCCAUCGGUGGUCCAUCGAUGUUCGUGUGUCUGUCUAAUGGCGGGUGACGACGAGUUGUGUCCGGCGCGUUAGUUUGUUAUCUAUCUAUCAGGUACAGUCCUAAAGUGAGUGGAAGGAUUAAAUUCUGCGAGAGACGCGGCAACGGAAGUGUUUGGAUAGUUCGUUUGGAUUGUGGUAGCCGUAUCUAAGCAGAAAUGGCGGAGGUGUUGAAGUGAUAAGGAUCUCUUGAAACGGUCAACUAUCUCGGGCCAAGAGUAUUCAGCGGGGAUGGUGAAGGAAGCAAUUAUCUGUGUAUUUUUGUGUUCGAAUGACCCGCUUCUUCCUGCCACCACAGAGACAGGUAGAAGAAAGGGUGAAGUCGAUGGAGUGUUGUUUGUUGAUGCUCUUGAGUGCGAAAUUGUGGUAUAGCCAAAGAUAAGCGAAUUUCUCCGCUCGAUUUUGCUGGUUGGUGUUGUUAAAAUUGAUUGGCUCCCAGCCAUCGAAUUAGGAGCGUAUUAUUUGGUGGAAGUGCUGCUACUUUUUUUUCCUUCGAUUUGGAUCCCGAAAUACAAUCGAUGGGUCGGUCGAUUUGAGGCAGGUUACGAUCACUAAUUGUUACGACCUUGGUGGAAAGUUGAAACUUGGUUUAUAUUUUUUGCUGUUCGUGGAGUUCGAAUUUCACGCUGAGUCAACGGCGAAAUCGAUCAAAUUCGAUACGCUUUCAGUGGAAUACUACGUGAGCUCAUUCCUGGAUUGCUGAAGUGUUUUGUUGAAUUGACACACAAUAUGUGUUACUUACUAUUAAAAGUGGAUGAAUCUUAAAAAUUUGAAUGUUUUGUUGAUGACUAGUGUCCCAGAAGUUCUGAUGAUCUAUGGAUGUGUGAAGUUUGGUUAAAACCUACUAGAAUGUUUUUGUUUGUGUCAACGGAGUUUGGAAAAAGCUACCCACUGAAAAUUUUGGAUUAAAAAUCAUCACAACAACCGGAUCUGGAUCAAUCGGAUAGCUGACGCAUCGCUGGAAUUAUUCAAAUCAUCCAAAGGUCCUCACCGAACGCCGGACCCUCGCGGGUAUCCGGAGUUCUGAAGUGCAGCCACAAUGAUGUACUCCUCCAGCAGUCGAACGCUGCCGGCACCCGGUGAAAAGCGACCCACCGAGCGGCAGCAAAGUUUCAUCCAAAGAUUCUAUCUCUUCGGGACCAGUCCCAACAGCGAAAGUUCCGGCGGAAGCAGAUCCACUACCUCGAGCGCCGAAGCAGCAACGGAAGGACCUCAAUCGCCGGGACCGAAAAAGUUCAAGAAAUCCAAGUCUUUAAACGAUACAGAGGACGAUCCGCAGCAGAACUACAGCGUUCAACGAUUGAAACAAUUUUGGAACAAUCGAUUGAGCUUGAGUGUUGGAAAGGGUGAAACGGGUGGCACAGUUGACGGUAUCACCAGGAAGUUGAAGAGUCAAACGCUUGGUUCCGGGAGUCAACUGAGAAAACCACCUACGCCGGAGGUUUUUCGAAGGAACGGCUCAACGCGAGGAUCUGCCUCGAGGAGAAACAUCGUUCGGAACAGUUUGGUUCCACUCUAUACGAAUUUGGGUUCUAAAAAAGUUGGCAGUCCAAAGGUUACGCGAGCUAAGAAAGAACUUGGCCCUGGCGGAGUGGGUGAUGAUAAAGUUGAUUCGACUUCUCAGAAACGGACGAGUGUAGUGUUGAGUCCGGUUCGAGACCAGAAGAAGGACAAGCGAUCUUGUUUAGGCGGGGUUGGCUAUAAUGCCGGGUUCCCUCUGGUAACGGCAACGCCAACCGGAGGGAGAAUUAGUUGGGCCAAACGGAUUGAACUGUUAGGAUUAAGACCAUCGUCGGACUCUGGCCAGAGUCCACCGGCUAAACAGGUCAAGAUGCCUAUGAGGGAGGAAAAUUUUGUGAGUAAUUUCAUCGAGGUGGAUAUCCAGGAUUGUCCACCGUCGCUUCCGACGACCCCGAUUCCGAGUGAGGAAAAUGAAGUACCUCCACCUGUAGUUGUAAUAGUACCUGAUCAAGUGCCUGCUCAAACGGUAGAUAGUAGUUUGGAGAGCUCACCGACUAAGCUUGGGCAUAGAGAUUCACUUGAGAGUAAGAAGAGUAAUGGGUCAAGUGAAUCCCACUCUCUAGGAAGGCGUCAUGGAACUCCGACCCGAAAGGUGAGCUUCCGGACGACGACUACACCUUUCAAUCGGAAGUUGUUCCACCCUAGUGGGAAUAAGGUGGCCGCACUUACGAAUAAGUUCAACAAGUUGAUCCAACAGGAUGCUGCGAUCUUGGAGGAGGUCCGUAAGCGUGGAGGGUACCUGCACAAAUCGGGUGGCCACGUCUACAAAGUGAUCGACGGAGAUGGUAAUGGAAGUCUUCGCAAGAAACCUCCGCUAUCAGCGGCUCCCAGCGUCCGUACCGACGAAAGUUCCGACGACAUUUCGAUCGGCAGCAAGGGAUCGUACCGAAAGCCGAGUGUUAAGAAAAGGCCAAGUCUACGGAAGAACCUCUACCGAAAACCGGAUCAAACUGAUCGAACUUCGCUUUGCGUGAGCGAAGCGUUGGAGAUCUUCGAACCAAAUGCCGAACACCUGAAAACGUUGAAGGCGAAAGCAGAGCGGAAACCUCCAGCUGGUCGAAUCAAGCCAAAGGUGCCGGACAAAAGCGAUCACGUGCUGCAGAAAACGAAAGAACUCAAGAGCAAGAACAACAAGAAGGAAGGUUGUGAUAGUUGUAGUAACGAAGUGCAAGAAGCGGUGCCAAAUAGUUAUAACGAGAGUGUGGUCCUUAGUCCAACAACCGAAAAUACUCAACCGGAUCACGGCGAUGUCGAACGAAUCGAUAGUGUAGAGAUCGUGGAACCACUCGUUCCCGUUGAAGCGCAAUCCGAACAUCACAAUUACUCAGUGGUGGUCAAGAAAAGUUCUGAGAUGGUUGAGGAAGCUGUUCGAACUCCUGUUGAACAAUCGGUUGAAGUUAAGCCUAAGAAAGAUAAAAAGGGUAAGGCGUUGACUAAAGCUGAGAAUAUCUACGAUAAGAUAGAAGAGAUUAAGGUUAAACCAAAAAGUACGGUCCAGAAGAUUUACGAGAAGUUCACCUUCCGAUCGACAAAAAAGAUCAAUUUGAGCAGUUCUGAAUCUCAGCUCAACUCUCCGGCACCGGAGGUCGAGGAUCGGUUGAUCUUCGUCCCCGAUAAUCAUCGGUUGACGAGGAAGUCUUUCAUCACCUCGAUCGAGAUUCCCACGAUCCAUAUGGAAGAGCCAACCGAGAGCAGUUCUGAUCCCGCGGAUCGUAAAAUCGUCGAUGCGAUCCGUUCCGUGGAUAAGAAAAUCGAUAACCUAUCGAGAAGCUUCAAUGAUCUUACCCUCAAUGAUCCCCCGGAAGAAGUGCCAGAAAAAUUUGUUGAGCCAAACAACUCCUUCCUGUACCGUAGCAUGUCCAGAAUAGGUGGACCUGAGGCUUCGGUUAGUCAAAUGAACAUAGUACAAGCGAUCAAUACGGUGGUGAUCAACAAGUCGAUAUCGAUGGACGAUCAUCACUUCCCUUGUCGAGGAAAUCUCAAUCGUCUCAGCUUGAACGAGAAGAUCCCGAUUGUGGUCGUCGAAACACCCCCAUCGUCACAGCCGGUCGAAAACGAAUACGAAAUCGUGUCCAGAGUGGAUUCUCCAAAACUACUCCAGGAGAAUUCCCCCUCUCCUAAGGGUGGUAGCACCAUGAGCAUCGACAUUGCGGAACUAACCUCAAAGAUCGAGUCCUUUGUCUACAAGACAAAGCACUCCGAGAAUUUGUACCAAAGUAUCGACCCUAGCGGCAAGACCCUUCAACAACCGAUCGACCACGAUCGGGUGAGCGUCAACAGCUACGAGUCGUUCGAGAACUACGAAUCGAUCGACAAACCAAACGCCAACGGCUCCUCUCCGAAAGAAGAAGACACCUACGAAGUAUGUCUACCUCCACGUAACGAAUCCCGUCUCCCACCGACGCCUUCCCCCAUAAACGAUCCCCUUCCUCUUCCUCAACCAAAACGAAACCUCUCGAGCUCUCCACACCUUCAACCGAAAAUCUAUCAAUCCACCUACGAGAAGAUCCACUACGACAAAUCACCUCCCCGUCCUCCAAAACCCGAAGACGAAGCCGUCCCACUUCCUCCACGCAACCAAAUCCCACCACUGGAACAAACCACUCCACCAUCAUCCCAAUCGCCGAACCCUUCCCUUAACCUAGAGGACAACGACUCGGAACCCAUCUACGAGGAGAACAUUUACGACACCAUCAAAAGUUCCGGGGGCAUGAUGGAUUACGACGAGCCGAAUGGAAGCGACGAGUUGGCACCGGGAGCUCUCAAACGUCAGCCACCGGCCACCGAUACCGUAUCGCUGGUUUCCUCCGGUUGCUACGAGUCAAUCGGAUCCAAGCUGGCGCUGGACUUCCUGAGGAUUCACGGGGCCGGAGUGGGAGCGAUGAUGAUGCUGCCUCGGAUGGGUUCCAUUACGACGCUGGAUUCGGAUCAGAUCACCAACAGUUUGUAUGGAUGCAGUACCGAUGUCGUGAGUAUGACGCCGCCGAGUGAGCGGGAAAGUGAUACCAGCAAUAGUGCCGAGUGGACCGAUAUUUCCGACGAUGAGGAUGAGGAGACGGGAGAGAUGAGGACCGGGAAUUUCAUUAUUGUCCGGAAGCGCAACAAGGCCCACCAAACGCCGGUCUGGUCCCGCAAGGUCCGCCACAAGAUGAUGAACCAGCAGCAACAACCGGGCAGCGGCAGCGGCGGCCAUUCACCCAAAGCAGACGAUGAUUCGGAUCACGUGUACGAGUCCCUCGAAGCGCACGGCCAGUCCCGACUGAGCUCCCUUUCCACCGGAUCAACACCAACCAAUCUCAACAGACGGAUACUGCCGGCCCUACCUAGCAAUGGUCUCACCUCUCCUUCGAUUUCGGACGGCCACCCUGAUCACAACCACCGGAUGGCGACCGACGACGGGAACUUCCUGGUCAACGACGACGACUUCGAUUCCUUCGACAGCGAUAACGAAAGCGACGAAGAUCAUCACCGUAAAAACGAUAGCGGCGUGGACAUCAGCAAUGCCAAACUCCCAGAUCCACCGCCCUCCAGUGGUCAGGUCUACGCAAUCAUGCAAAAGAUCAAAAGCCUCGGAACGCUUUCCAAGUCCGAGAUUGCCAAAGGUCUACACAAGUUUUCCAAGAAACGAACCUCGUCUUCCAAAUCGCCAAAGAUCUUUACGGGCGAAGGCCUAACCCAACUCAGCGGAACCAUCGGAACGCCGGAAGCGGACCAUCAAACCAUCAACUACGAAAACACGCCACUGCCAAAGGUGCCCAAAACUAAGAGCAAAUCCUUCAAACUUCCCCUACAACUCGGAAGCAAACCGCCCACUUCCGACGAAUACGAAAACACCGAAUUCCACUCGCCAAUCGCCGUAACGACGCCAACUUCCCCAUCCCCGUCGCCAAACAGCUCGGCCCUCGCAUCUAGUCCUGCCUCGGAGCAAGCCGACAAAUCCCUUCUUGCCAGUAUUAGCAACAGCGACUCGAGCAACGUCUCGACCUUUCGUAAGAAGUCCAAAACUGGGAAAUCGCUCCGAUCCAAACUGCGCAAAAGCCUCCAAUCGGAAUCUAGUCUCAACCUGGGCAGCUCGUUCAACGGAUCGCGGAGCACCUUCUACGUGACCGACUCGCUGGACGUCGAUUCGGGCAUCUUCAACGGCAACGAACCGAACAGCUCGUCUUCGAAUCUGAACGUGGCCUCCGUGGGACCGGACCAGAAAGACUGCCCAUCGCCGCAACCGAAAACAACUCCGGACGCCGAUCGAAGAAAGUCGGCUGGAGGCAUAACCUGUCCUGCCAGUCGUCCCACGAACCCACCUCCACCACCACCCCCAGCUAAUGGCAGCACUCCUGCCGGAUCCGGUGAUAAGAAGUUUCUGAAGAAUCGGAAGCUAGGAGCUACGUCUUGGUAUGCCGAAUGUGGAGUGUUCAAAUCGGAAACGCUACAUCAGCAGGCAUGCUUCGAGAACGAGCUCAAGAACCACAAGGAACGCGGCGGAAAUACUUCCUGGUAUGCCGAGGUGGGCCUUUACCAGACGAGUGGCGCUUCGGUUGCAAGCUCCAGCGAAAGUUCCGGCGUCUCAACGGGUGGCGAGGGUGGCCCCGGGGAUGACCACUCACACAGCAUGUUCGUCAAUGAGCCAUUGUACCAGAUCUACAACGCGGCCAAGCUGGAAUCGCUAACGCGGGACAUCGACGCCGAAAUCGAGGGCUCCGACCCGGCCCUGUUCGAUGACGAUGGGUACGAGAAAAUUUCCGAUGGCCGAGGAAAACCUGACGGAGACGGAUUCGCAAUCCUCGAUGACGACGGAUGCCUUGGGAGGAAGCUGAGACCGACAGCUUUCGAGCUGAUCGAACCCAAUGUUGGGAAGCUGCGGACGUUGUGGUGCGAAGUGCCGGAGGUGAUCAAUUCGGAAAUUUUGUUAACCCUAACGGCAAACGAAAAACGUCUGCAAGAAGCCAAGUUCGAGAUUUUAACAUCGGAAGCUUCCUAUCUGAAGUCACUGAACCUUCUGCGGUCUCACUUCAUCAACCAUCCGGCCUUCCGGGACGUUAAGGUGCUGACUUCGUCCGAACGAAAGACCCUUUUUGCAAACAUCAUUCCGGUGCAGGAAUGCUCGGAUCGUCUCUUAUGUGAUUUGGAAAACUGCUGGCAGGACAACAUCAUGCUUUUAGGACUGAGCCAAAGUAUCUUCAAACAUGCCGAGAAGCACUUUCACGUCUAUGUCAAUUACUGCGAAAAUCAGGCCAAAAUUGACCGGAAGCUGAAGUACCUCAAAGCAAACAAGGCCGAAUUUGCCAAGACCCUGAUCGAGCUGGAGUCAGAUCCGAUCUGCUGUGGGUUAAGCUUGUCCUCCUUCCUGAUGCUUCCGAUGCAACGGAUAACCCGGAUGCGGCUACUCCUGGAUGCCGUCCUUCAACGACUGAAAUGUGACGACGACGAGUUCGAAAGUUGGGAGAAAACUUUCGUCCUGAUCAACCGAAUCCUGAAACAGUGCAACGAUGCGGCCCACCGAAGCGAGCAGAUGUUCGAAAUGGAAAUGAUCUCCCGGCAGAUUGAGUUCCCCACCAGUAUCACACCGUUGGCGAUAGCUCCCUGCGGGAUCGGAUUCCCUGGAAGCGUGAUGCGAAAGUUGGAAAAACGUGGCGAACUGCUGCACAUCCUGUGGCGAGGAGACGACGCCAAGCUGACGUUUGGCAAGAAAUUUAGCAAGAGCAACAUUUACGCGUUUCUGUUUACCGAUUUGCUGGUUUUGACUAAGAAGAAGGGUGAUGAAACAUACCUGGUGACCGAUUAUUGCCAGCGGGCGUUGCUGACAGUGACUUCGGGCGAUGUGGUGCCGCAACUGCCCACCAAAGAAAUGCAAGCGCUUGGAAAACAUCUGAUCAUCUUGACCCUGCUGGAGAACCACGAGGGAAAGACGGUGGAAAUGAUUGUCAGCUGCCCGUCGGAAACGGAACGGGAACGGUGGCUGAAGGUGACGGAACCGCUGGCCUCCGAGAACCCAGACGAGAAGAUCUACGAACAGUGGGACUGCCCGCAGGUGAUCGCCGUCCAUCCUUAUCACGCACUGCAACCGGACGAGCUGGACCUGGACAUCAAGGAUGUGGUCAACGUGCACCGGAAGAUGGCCGAUGGUUGGUACGAAGGCGAAAGGAUUCGAGAUGGGGUAACUGGAUGGUUCCCGAGCAAUUAUACCAAGGAAAUUUUCUCUUCCCACAUCCGGGCCAAGCACAUCAAGCAGCGCUAUAUGCUCCUGUCCUAUACGUCCAGGAUCAUCGAUACGACCACCUUGCAGCACGUCAAGAAGAAGUAGGAGAGAGUUUUGAAGAUGAUUGCAACCACGAAUUGUAUAUAUCUGUGUAAGAUUUGUAAGAAUAGUUGUUAGGCUUAAACUGUUACUUGGAAUGCAUGAAUGAGAAUUGCUGCAAUAAUUAGUUGAAAAUAGCUAGGAUUCUGCUUGAUUUUUUUUUUUCGUUCUCUAGAAAUUUGUCUAUAGAUCUAUACUUAAAAUUGUGCCCAAUAACACUUUGUUAAGCUUUAGGGAAGAAUGCAACAAGUCUUAAAAAUAUAGGUUCCAAAAUUGUUUAGUAGCUAGUACUUGUACAUUUGUAAAAAAAAUGUGUUUAAAUUAUUUCGCAAAAUUACCUCUGAUUAUACAUAAAUAUACUUACUUAACGCUCAUUCCUUUUGUAGUUAGGGGCAAUAAUCUACUACACUACUGUCCACGAAACUUAAGUUUAGCUGUGAAUAGAAAUGUUUCGGUUUUGUUUUUUUUUUUGGAAUCAUAAUUCAUGUGCUGUAUGAAGCAAAAAGUAUUACGUAUUAAUAAAAGUCUUAGUAAUUGUUCUAAA